GCCAUCAUUUCCACACGUGAGGCUCCACUUCGAAGGUUGCUUUGUAAACAAUAGCAGUCGCAGGCAAAUGGAAAGCGCCAGCGAGUGCUGAUCAUCAUCGUGGCCGUAACUUCCCGGGCGCGAUUACACCGUGUCCCGUUCUUUUGGCAGUAUCAGCGCUGAAAAAUGGACCCAAAUAGUCUACAAAAUUUUUCUUGAGAUUUGAAUAUUUAUUAAAGAUCUCUGAAAAAAAAGGAUCGUCAAGAAUGACAUUAUUGUCAGGAGUGUGCUUGCUCGUGAUUUAGUUAGAAAAUAGUGAAAACAAAGAGAUUUUGCAAUUUGAGACCAUCUGAUUUUGCAGUGGGAAACGUCAAGAAAAAAAAACAUGGCUGAGACAACUGUGCUCCGCAAUAUUUCUUCGAGUACAUCGCAUGCAUCUGGAAGACUAAUGUUGCCAUAUUUACCAACAGAACCUCCAAGAUUUAAUCCUCGUGCACUUUCUUAUUCCAUGGCCCUUCAAAGUGCUCCUUACACGGCUCUCCGAGGUGUUGUCGUCGAUGGAAGGCAACCACCACGGCAUCCCGAGUCUCCACGCUACAGGAUAAGGAAGCAGGUCGGAGGGACCAACAGGUGGAGGCUCCCGGAGUCACUCGGAGGUGAUCUUCUGGGAACUUCUCAAGCCAUUCGAUCCAUCAACGAACCCUAUAACAAGAACACUAUUGCUAUUCUAUCAGCUGACAACCCUGCUACUACGACCAACCGUGAUCCUGAUCGUCCCUAUCAGUUCCAUUCCACUGAGGGCCACGAUAAGCCGAUGACAGCCCCUCAGUUUGCCAGCGAGAGCUGGUACAACCAGAGAGGGCCCAGUCCACAGCCUCCCGCCACCGCCCCGGUCCAUGGGAAGAAAACAACACAGUAAACCCCUGCUCCGAUAGAGAAGUUCCGACCGAUGUCUGCCAGGUCCCCCACGCCUGUUGAUAUCUUUCACUAUCAUUCUGCUCCCGUGCACAGUCUGCUCGGGCCUGACAUCUUGCUUCAGUGUCUUGAUACAAAUUGGGAGUUGCACCGUCCGUACAUCCGCAAGGCAUCCACCCUGACACAGUUACUGCAGAAAGCUAUUGAUAAACCACAUGAAGAACUCUAUUACAGAGAUCCCAUGUCUGCCACCGUAGACCAGUAUAUCAGCAAAAGUCAGUUUUACAGCUCUGAAUAUCAGAAGAUUAGCAGAGAACAGAGUACCCGACAGGCCCCCCCAGACAACGUCAAACAGACCUCCAAGAAAGACAUCAACCACCCAGCACACGUCGUAGCCGCUAGAACUAGUAACAUGGUGAAACUCAAGCUGAAGAUCAAAGAUCCGAUGGUCUCCAAGGAAGCUUUUGCCAUCGCCCUUGGUAACCUAUACCAUGAAGGUGUUGACCCGGAGAGGACCGAUGUGGUUGGGGUUCUAGCAUCUGCACACGCCUUGGGAUUCUCAGACCUGGAACGGAGAUGUGCUGAUAUUAUGAUGGAUGACAUACAGUCAAGUACAGUUUGUAAAUAUCACCAGGCAGCACUCAAGUACAAGAUUGGUCAGGUUGUGAAUGCCUGUGAGCGUUGGUUAGAACUCAAUCUUGUUCCACAGUUGUCUGUUCAGAUUCAGCUAAGGCAGUUACCCAUAGAACUUCUUCAGAAGAUAAUCAAAUCAAGCAGGUUCUUUACGUUCAAUGAAUACUAUGUGUAUAAGACGCUGUGUUACUGGAUCUUCCUUCAGGAGAAUGAUCAUCUUCAGUUAAUGCCAUCUCAUAGUACUAUCGUUACCUUCUUCAACAGCAUGUCGCGCUCCAGUGCCUUCAUAGAGCAGGAGCGGGGGCAGCCGUACGCCGGCCUCUUCAUGUCGUUGAGGAUGAGCGGUAUCACCGACACCCGACACCUGGACGACAUGCUCCAGAUGAACGUCGUCCCCAGCCAGUGGAUCCUGCGCACCCUGACCUUGCACUACCACGCCCUCCAGGGAGGGGGCGAUAUGUCCCUGAUGCAGGACUUCAAGAAGGAUGCCAUCAGACUCGGUUUCAUCAUUGAACUGGAACCUCGCUACCACUGUGAAGUGGUCUCACUGCAUGGAUUUCACUUUGAGCUGAAAGCACAGCGUGUUGGCAAACAGAACUCGUACCAGUUCUAUAUCCAGCGCCUGAAGCCCCGUGACCCCGCCCUCUCCUUCCGCGUCUGUGAGCGUCAGACGUUCUCGCUGCGGCACGAUCGCGAGGUCCUCUAUUCCAUCCGCAUCCAGUGCCGCAUCAAGGGCCAGGAUUAUGCGUUCAACACGGGCAUCCUGGGAAAGCGGUUUGGGAUUGGACCUAAGACCUGCAAGAGCGAGGUCCUCACCCUGGAGGGACUUUGCUUACCCCUCUAUGUCACCUACUCUAUUCUUUUCCCACCAUCCUAAAGAGAGAGAAGUUUAUUAUCCUAAAACAACAUGCUCUGGAGGUCAAAUAUUAUGGAAAGCCAAAUAUUUAUUCACAUAUUGGACUUUAUCAUCUUGAAACAACAUGCUGUGGAGGUCAGAUGUUAUGGAAAGCCAAAGUCUUAUUUGCAUAUUGGACUUUCACAUUCUGAAACUAAAUGCUAUAGAGUCAAAUGGUAUGGAAAGCCAACACAGUAGAAGGAUAGAUGGAGAUUUCCCCCCCCCAAAAAAAAAAGAA